AUGUCUGAUUCAUUUAUCGUUGAAUGGGCGAGAGCCCAACAGCCCAAGGCCCCCAACAUGAAGAAUGCCUCUGUCUUUUACCGGAACCUGGAAGAAGAGCUCGACGUGCGUCGAUCCCAGCAUGGCUGUAUCAUGCUGCACACCAAGGAACAAACUUCCAUGGUGGACUUUUCCUCUACCGAUAUCCUCGGGCUGAGCACCUCGGGCUCCGUCCGGAAAGGCUACCUGGACGAGCUCGCCAAGCACCCCGAUUUCAAGCUGAGCAGUCACGGAUCGCGUCUGACCGACGGAAACUCCAGAUACCUGGAAGGCAUCGAGCGUGAGUUGGCCGCAUUUCACGGUGCCGAGUCUGGGUUGAUUGUCAAUACGGGGAGCCUGGGCAAUGCCGCUAUUUUCUCCGUCAUUCCACGCCCCGGCGAUGCCAUUGUGUACGAUGAGCUCAUCCACGCCAGUAUGCACGAUGGCAUGAAGGACAGCUUGGCCUUGUACCGCAAGACCUUCCGCCACAAUAAUGCCAAAUCACUGUAUAAUGUACUAGUGGCUGUUCAAGAGUCGCAGCCCCAAAUUCGCAACAGCAUACAAUCGGUCCUGGUGGCAGUUGAGUCAGUUUAUAGCAUGGACAGGGAUAUCUGCCCGCUUCAGAAGCUGAUUAAAACAGCCAAGGAGGUGUUUCUGGAAGGCAACAUUCAAUUUAUCAUCAAUAAAACGCAUAGCACCGGGAUAAUCAGGCCCAACGGUACUGGGCUGGUUUAUGCCCUGGGGCUGGAAAGCAAAACGCUGGCUGCGACUGGAGCCGUGAUUCUAUACAAUAAUACCGUGCGCAUGAUGCUGAUCAAUUACGCCAGAAGCAUUAUAUUUUCCGUAGCGCCAUUCUUCCCCAUGCUGGCCUCAAUUCGCGCUACAUACCAGCUCUUGCGCAGUGGCGAGGCCCAAGAGGCCCAGAACCGCGUCCAGGAGAUUGUGAAAUUCUUUCUGGAGACUAUAAUCUCUGACCCGAUCUGGAGCAAGGCCAGCAACACCGGGCUUCUCCGCCUUCCCAUGUACGAAGAUGCAGAUAUCCAGUCAGUCCUUAUCCAGAUCAUCCAGCUGCGGACGCGCACCAAGCACAACUUUUAUCUUGCAUUUCACCUGCAACGGGCCGGGUUCUUAGUCUUCCCUAUCUCGUAUCCGGUGGUGCCUAAGGGAACGGAACACGUCCGGAUCAUCUUCCAUGCGUCAAAUAUGGACACGGAGGUUAAGGUCCUGGUUACUGCAAUUGCGGAAUGGGCCCAGGAGAUACUGGAGAUUAAGAGCAGCGGGGACCGACAGAGGGUGCCAGCUGCGGCGCGACAUGUGUAUGCGUUGAUUGCCCAGGCUAAUCUGAAUGGGAGCGAGUAGAUGGGUUCAAAUAAUCGGAGAACUUUCGUGUAGAAAGAAAGUAUUCAAGCCUUGAUCUGGCGCUCCUGAAAUUACCUCCAAACUCCAUUAUUA